AAGGGGGAUGGAUGCCCGCGGGAGAGGGCAGGGGCCGAUGCUGCUCAGGAGCUCGCCUGGUGCCCGCCAGCCCUCCCGCUGCCCUUGCCCAGCUCCUCCUCCUGCAGGUGCGCACAGCGCUGCCCGGCCUGUGCCGCCGCCGCUGCGCACUGGAGGGAAGGGGCCCGGGCUGCCGCCGCCGCCUGCGGGGAGGAGGCAGAGGAGAAGCUCCUCCUGCCCAGCCGCUGCCGGCCCCUCAGUCCCGCUGUGCUAGCGCGGUGCGGGCAGCCCGGCCGCGGCGGUUCCUUGGCUUCGCCUGGCUCCCCAAGCCACGGAGACCGCGGGGGGACUCCCGCCCGGCGCGUGAGAGACGGCACCCGGCCGGGGCUGGUGCAGAGCCGCAGCCGCUUUGUGUCGCCCGGGGAGCUGUAAUGUUUUCCUCUUCCUCCACAAGAUUUUAAGUAUUGAGAUUCUGAAGAACAAACGUGAAGGAUGCCGUCUGAGAGGUGCCUCAGUAUUCAAGAAAUGCUGACAGGUCAGAGGCUUUGCCAAUCCAGUUCACAUAAUGAUGCUGUCUUGGCAGCCCUGAACCAACAAAGAAGUGAUGGUGUACUCUGUGACAUCACCCUCAUUGCAGAAGAACAGAAAUUCCAUGCCCAUAAGGCAGUACUUGCAGCAUGCAGUGAUUAUUUCCGAGCAAUGUUCAGUCUCUGUAUGGUUGAAAGUGGAGCUGAUGAGGUGAAUUUGCAUGGUGUCACAAGCCUAGGUUUAAAGCAGGCCCUGGACUUUGCAUACACUGGACAGAUUUUGUUGGAGCCAGGAGUAAUCCAGGAUGUGCUAGCAGCUGGUAGUCACCUGCAGCUGUUGGAGCUCCUCAGUUUAUGUUCUCACUAUCUCGUCCAGGAAUUAAAUAGCUUUAAUUACUUGGACCUGUAUAAGCUCGCUGACCUCUUUAACCUCACUUUGCUGGAGAAAGCAGUGGUUGACUUCUUAGUUAAACACCUCUCUGAGCUGUUGAAGAGUCACCCGGAGGAAGUCCUGGCUCUCCCAUACUGUCUCCUUCAAGAGGUCCUGAAGAGCGACCGACUCACUUCUCUUAGCGAAGAGCAAAUCUGGCAGCUAGCUGUGAGGUGGUUGGAACACAACUGCCGCUAUCAGUACAUGGAUGAACUUCUCCAGUAUGUCCGCUUUGGCCUUAUGGAUGUGGAUACACUACAUACUGUAGCCCUUCCUCAUCCUCUUGUCCAAGCUAGUGAAACUGCGACUGCACUUAUUAAUGAGGCCUUGAGAUAUCACCAGAGCAUCUAUGCACAGCCAGUUUGGCAGACCAGACGGACGAAACCUCGCUUCCAGUCGGACACUCUUUACAUUAUCGGUGGGAAAAAACGUGAGAUCUGUAAAGUAAAAGAACUCCGGUACUUCAAUCCACUAGAUCAGGAGAAUGUUCACAUCGCAGGGAUUGCAAACUGGAGUGAACUGGCUCCCAUGCCUGUCGGGAGAAGUCACCACUGUGUAGCUGUCAUGGGAGAUUUUCUGUUUGUAGCUGGUGGAGAGGUUGAGCAUGCCACAGGCCGCACUAGUGCGGUAAGGACUGCCUGUCGGUAUGACCCCCGUAGUGACUCUUGGGCUGAAAUAGCUCCAAUGAAGAACUGCAGGGAACAUUUUGUACUGGGAGCUGUGGAUGAGAACCUCUAUGCGGUAGGGGGAAGAAAUGAACUACGUCAAGUUUUGCCUACAGUCGAGCGGUAUUGUCCUAAGAAGAACAAGUGGGCCUUUGUUCAGUCCUUUGACAGAUCCCUUUCAUGUCAUGCAGGAUCUGUGGUGGAUGGACUUCUUUGGAUAUCAGGAGGAGUAACAAAUACUGCACAAUACCAGAACAGGUUAAUGGUCUAUGAUCCUAAGCAGAAUAAGUGGAUAAGCCGAAGCCCCAUGUUACAGAGGAGAGUGUACCAUUCCAUGGCGGCUGUCCAAAGGAGGCUUUAUGUUUUAGGCGGGAAUGAUUUAGACUACAAUAAUGAUCGGAUUCUUGUACGCCACAUAGAUUCUUAUAACAUAGACACCGACCAAUGGACGCGCUGCAGCUUCAACAUGUUGACAGGUCAGAAUGAAUCUGGCGUUGCUGUCCACAAUGGAAGAAUAUAUUUAGUUGGCGGCUAUUCUAUUUGGACAAAUGAGCCUUUGGCAUGUAUCCAGGUGCUGGAUAUUAGCAAGGAAGGGAAAGAAGAAGUAUUCUACGGGCCUACACUUCCUUUUGCUUCUAAUGGAAUAGCAGCAUGCUUCCUUCCAGCUCCCUAUUUCACAUGCCCGAACCUCCAGACUUUACAAGUGCCUCACCACAGGAUUGGCACUAUGUGAGAAAAAGAAUGCACCAUCCAUAAAAACAAAAGGGGGGGAAAAGCGCUGCAUACAGCAAUUUCACAUUUGGAUCAAUUAAGCAUGAAAUGCUUCUUUAUCUUCUACACAUUUGUCUUAAAGUCAAAUAACAAUAGGCAAAAAAAUGAACAUUUUUUUCACUAAAGGCUCCACACCUCAGUCUGCAAUUUCUCUCUGGCCCAAAUUAAGAACAUACACUUCAUACCAACCUGUUUGCCAUUUUCUGUGGGUGACAGCUUGUUACCUGCCUCUAUUUAAAUUCUUUAUACAUCUUUGAAAGGCAUUCUGAGUGCACCCAGCAUCCUGCCUGGCCUGUUGUUCCUUGGGGUCUGCACAUUAAAUGGAUGGCCAGUGGCCCUGUUCAAAGACAAUAUAAUACAAUGUUUAUAAGCUUAACAAGGACAAUAUUCUAUUAUGCUAAAUUAUUCAACUUCCAAGGUACCUGUGGCAAAAAGGAUAAAUGCAUUGACCUUCAGUUCCCAACUUCUUCACCACUGAAGUUUCUCAUUUAAGAAAACUUUAUUGGAAAUUUAGAUAGCGUGAAGCAUAAUAAAG